AUGACGACGCGUUUGGAUGUGAUCUGCAUAAUGCUGGCGAUUUGCCAACUCGGACAAUCAGCAUCUGCUUCCGAAGACGAAGUGAAGGAAUUUCUAGGCAAAGUGUUCCAAGCAAGUAAUAAGGAGAACAUCAACAAGGUUUUCACAAUUCAAACAAAAAAUGAUGAGCUAAUUCUCGAAUCAAUGGAUGCAAAAGCUGCAAAGAACGCUGAUGGAACCCCUGCGAAUACUGUACAAAUUGUGGUAGGAAGCACCGGCGAGCAACGUGAGAUUACCGACAUAUCCUAA